UCACUCCAAAAUCAAAUUCCGCAUUCUGAAAACCCUCAAUUUUCCCCCAAAUUCGGCCGAUCUCUCUCUCUCGCGCAGAAAUGCUGAAUGCAUCGCUCUCAGUGGCGCCGCUGUCGCCGUCAGCCGCGUCUCAGCGGGCGGUGAUCCCCGGCAGCUACGGGUGGCCGGUGAUCGGGCCGCUGGCGGACCGGCUGCAGUAUUUCUGGCUGCAAGGACCGCAGAAUUUCUUCGCGAAGAGGAUCGAGAAGUACGAGAGCACGGUGUUCCGCACGAACGUGCCGCCGGCGUUCCCGUUCUUCGGCGGCGUGAAUCCGAACGUGGUGGCGCUGCUCGACGUGAGGUCGUUCAGCCACCUCUUCGACGCGGAUCUCGUCGACAAAUCGAACGUCCUCGUCGGCGAUUUCAUGCCGAGCGUCAAUUACACCGGCGGAAUCAGGGUUUGCGCUUAUCUGGAUACCGCAGAAACCAAGCAUGGGCAAAUCAAAGAUUUUGCCAAAGACAUCUUAAGACGAAGCUCGAGCACAUGGGUUUCGUCCAUGACCACCUCCCUCGACGCGAUGUGGGAUUCCCUUGAAUCCCAGCUCGCCGCCGCCGGAGACGGAGGCUCCGCCAGCUACAUCUUCCCUCUCCAAGAAUUCCUAUUCUCCUUCCUCAGCCUCACCCUCCUCGGCGCCGACACGUCCGCCUUCCCGGAGAUCAAGAAAUCCGGCCACAUAAUGGUCGACAAAUGGCUCGCCGUGCAACUCCUCCCCACGAUAAGCAUCAACGUCGUGCAACCCCUCGAGGAGAUCUUCCUCCACUCGUUCUCCUACCCUUUCUGGCUCGUCAAAUCCGACUACCAAAAGCUCGCGAGUUUCGUCGAGAACGGGGCUGGGGAAACGCUGGCGAGGGCGCAGACCGAGUUCAAGCUCACCAAGGAGGAAGCCAUCCACAACCUCGUCUUCAUGCUCGGGUUCAACGCGUUCGGAGGGUUCUCCCUCUUCUUCCUCUCGCUCCUCAGCAGCCUCAGCGAGCAGAAGCCGAGCGUGCAGGCGGAGCUGAGGAAGGAGGUGCGGGAGAAGCUCUCGAACGACGUCCUUAGCUUCGAGACGGUGAAGGAGAUGGACCUGGUGAAUUCGUUCGUGUACGAGACACUGCGUUUGAAUCCACCUGUCCCACAGCAGUUCGGCCGAGCUCGAAAGAACUUCGACCUCAGCUCGCACACCACGGUGUACGAGAUCAAGAAGGGCGAGCUGCUGUGUGGCUUCCAGCCAUUAGUGAUGAGGGAUCCUAAAAUAUUUGAGAAUCCAGAGGAAUUUGUGUACAACAGAUUCUCAAAGAAAAGAGGCGGAGACGAGUUACUUGAAUACCUGUUCUGGUCGAACGGGCCGCAGAUGGGAACUCCGGGCCCAUCGGCCUCCAACAAGCAGUGCGCGGCCAAGGACGCCGUGCCUCAAACUGCUGCUGUGUUUCUUGCUUACCUGUUUCAGAGAUAUGAUGAGAUCUCCAUUUCUUCUGGUUCUGUCACUGCUCUCAAAAAGGCAAAGUGACAGCGGCUACGCUGUAUACGAUGAUGUAUCGUCACACAGUACGACGUCUAUAUACGUCGACUUCUGUCAAUGUAUGAAAGAGACAUGGCAAAAUAAUAUGUUUACCUGUUCAAAUCA